UGGGUUUGUUUGUUUGUUUGUUUGUUUGUCUCACUCUCAGCUGUUUUUAUGGCUCACUUCGGGAGCUCCGUGCCUGGUUUUACCUUUUUUCCACUCUGGACUCUCGCUGUAUGUUUGAGUACGGCUGUCUGGACGAAGCCUGUUGAAGGUCAGCCUCGUGUGAUCGGGUCACUUCAGCCAAUCAUCGCUGCUCCGGGUGAUGAUGUCAUCCUGCCGUGCCACCUGGAUCCUGCUUACAAUGUGGAGGAUCUGACGGUGGAGUGGUCGAAGCCAGAUCUCAAGCCCGACCCCUCUGAUCGUCUGAGCCGGGUCGACUACGUGCACGUUUACAGGGACGGACGUGAAAACCUGGACAUGAAGCUCCAGUCGUACUUCGGCAGGACGAUGCUGUUCACAGACAAACUGAAACGUGGAAACAUUUCUCUGAAGAUCACCAACGUAACACAGGCUGAUGGAGGGAGAUACAAAUGUUUCAUCCCCAAGUUAAACAGCCAAGUGAAGGAGUCGAUUAUUCUACUUAUUGUUGAUCCAAACUUUGUUAAAUCCUCGACGACAGAGACGCCGCUGCUUCCCACAAAUGUCCAAACUCCUGAUCCAAAUGAGGAGACUCAUGUUAAAGGUGGUCGAUCCUAUCAGGGCGUUUGGAUCCCAGCUGUGUGUGUCUUACUGGUCCUGGGAGUCUGUGGUGGCGUCGCUGGAUAUGUGAUUAAACACAAGCCUCAAAAACUAAAUCCGCCAAAGUAUGACGUCACCCCAGAAAGGCCACUUCCAGUCUAGGUGCCUUGCUCAAGAGCUCGUUGGUAUUUGAUGUUAACGGAGACGAGAGCGUUCUACACGUCCCUCUCUUUGAUCUUCCUCAUCACUUUAGGGAUUCAGACCAGCAUCACCUCCAGCCACAAGUGGACCCACUGGAUCAGCAGGAGGGAGCUCUUCAUGAUGGACACAGAUUACCAUCAGAAUGAAGCUCACCUCAAACUCUGGGACGUGGCUGCAUCAGACGUCCUG